AUGUCUUCCGUCCAUUCGCUGGAUAUUAGAGGCCCUCCCCGGAAAAAGAUGAGAAAAGGCACCAAGAGUUGUACCGAAUAUCGUCCUGAUAUAUGCAAUGAAUGUCAUGCUCGGGGCUUUACUUGCAUCGACCAGGAGUAUGGAACCUUGGAUCCCAAGGUCAAGGGGGUUCUUUCGGGAGAACAGCCGUAUAGUCUGCGCGAGCGUGUUACCCAGCUGGAAAGUGUAGUCAGGGACAUAUUGCAGCGUAUGGAACAGACUAGCCCCUCGGUUUCUGCAUCGCCUGUUCAGCCGCAUCACCACGAAGACCAUCCUACCAAGCCAUCUGAUGUGCCUAUGCCGCCUUGCACCAAAAUUCCAAGCUCCGAGGAAAAUACCAGCACCAGCAAGUCACUCGAUGCCCCAAUUACAGAAAACGAUCACAUCGAAAGUGCCCCCGUGUUGCAAUUAUUCAACAAUAACGUUGUUUCUCGUACCGAAGGGGCCACCUCACGUAGCCAAGAUGCUGCCGCUAUCAAGGAUAUUUCACCCAAAGCAAUAGCCGCCCGGAACGAACUUGCCAAAUUAAUCCCACCGCGUGGCGAUCUGAUUCGAAUUCGAAAUCUUGUAUCUCAUUGGUGGUCUGCAUGGAUUUAUUUUUUCCCCGAGCUUCGCAACAGUUGCACAUCAAGUCUUGUAGGCAACAACAAUAUCUUUGAAAUACCAGAUUCUCCGGGAGAGGUGGCCAAGUUUUUGAUUUGUCACCUGAUGAGUAUUGAGCAGCUUCCGGUUGAUUUUGAUUUCGCUUCUUUGGAAGUACCUUUCGAUGUGCAGGAAUACACAGACCGCUGCAUUACUGCAAUUGACCAUUUCAUUAUAAAUGACGAAGACCUAUCUAGCACGCUGCCCGGUCUUGAGGCUAUGGCCCUUUUGUCAAAAUGGUAUAGCAAUCUUGGCCGGCCGCGUAAAGCAUGGCUCAUGAAUAGACGAGCGAUUGAGUUGGGACAAUUGGCUGGCUUGCACAUUUCUACGGCGAGAGAGCCGCACCCAAACGACAAACUAUAUUAUCGACGGCUCAAGCUUUGGACGAUACUUGGAUUGAAUGAUCGGUUUCUUUGCCUCAUUCUGGGACUACCGUCUGGAAUUGCAGACAAGUAUUUCCGUCCGCAAGUGGAACGGCGAUUGAAAAUGGAGACCAGCCACUUGGACACUUACUGUCUCCGCCUUUGUCUUAUUUUAGGUCCAAUGAUUGAUCGAAACCAGGACGAUCCGGCCGAUAUGUCAAUCGACGAAACACUGAGAUUAGAACAGGAGUUGGAGACACAAGCAGGAGCUAUGCCCGAGCGUUUUUGGAAUUCUCAAAUUCCCGAUUCAAAGCUCUCUAUGUACGAAGUAACGGAACGCCUAGUGUUGCCAUUCAUAUACCACUUCACGCGGGCCACGUUACAUUUGCCCUUCAUGCUGAAGUCACAUAGCGACCCUCGAUACCGAUAUAGCCAAGAGACCGCAUUGAAAUCGGCUCGAAACGCGCUGCUGUCUUAUAAUAAAUUGCGCUCUUGGGACCUGAUGAACCCAUUCAUAUGCCGAAUGAUCGACUUCCAAGUCUUUUCGAUGGCAAUGCUAAUAAUCAUCAAUAUCUUGGGGUACUCCCAAGAGUCGCCGAACUAUAGCCCGGAACAAGAUGAACGGGACUGGGCUCUGGUCGAUCAAACUACCGAGGUACUGCGACAUGCCGCCUCUGAGCCUGCAGGCACCGUCGCCGCUCAAUCGUUAAUAAUCAUCGAGGGACUUAGCACCAAUGUGGGUAAUAUAGACCCAACAAUGUCGUGCAAAGUAUCAGUCCCCUACUUUGGGGUUAUCACAGUUUCACCAGGCAAAAAAAGAUUCAAAGGACGAAGUGAUCGACCCACGCCUAAUAGUGUGCCUGGCGGCCCUACUCUCAACCCGGUAUCUAAUAAUAAUCCCAAUCCAAGUUCUGCUCAGCCAAGCCCAUUCCAAAUUUACACACCACCUCUGUCCAAUACCAGCGAAUCUAAUGGCACAAUAUCAUCUUCAUCUUCGUCGUACACAAAUUAUACACCUCCACUCCUCGACGAUUCCCGUGUUCACCUAGAGAAUAUUUUCUCUUUGCCCAACGCUGGCAUGAUGGAUCAGAACAUAUUCACUGGGUUUGGUGCCGAUAGCCAAAAUUUAGGUCUGUGGUCUAACAUGAAUCUUGACUUGGAUCUGGAUCAGGGGUGGAAUUUGGAUUGGACGAAUGGCGCAAUGAUGUAG